CCUCACUGACGGCCAUCGUGGGUGAGGCUUCUGGGAGUUGAAGUUCAACAGCCCAGAGAAGGCUCCCUGUCUUUCUAAUGGCGGAUCUAUUCCAAGCAUGGGCAAACUUGGCCCCUCCAGGUGUUUUGGACUUCAACCCCCACCAUUCCUCACAGCCUCAGGCCCCUUCCUUUUCCCCCUCAGCCGCUUAAGCGGGCUGUAUAGCCAUGUUCCAGAAACAUUCUCUCCUGACGUUUCACCCACAUCUAUGGCAGGCAUCCUCAGAGUUUGUGAGGUCUUUUGGAAACUAGGCAAGGGAGGUUUAUAUAUCUGUGGAAGGUCCAGGAUGGGAGAAAGAACUCUUGUCUAUUUGAGGCAAGUGUGAAUGUUACAUUUGGCCACCUUGAUUAGCAUUGAAUAGCCUUGCAACUUCAAGGUCUAGCUGCUAACUGCCUGGAGGAAUUCUCUGUUGGCAGGUGUUAGCUUGCUCUUAUUGAUUCAUGUCUGAAAUUCCUCUGUUUUCUCUGUGUUGUUUACUGUGCUGAUUUUAGAGUUUGUUUGUUUUUUUUAAAAAAAUACUGGUCGCCUUCCAUAGAUGCAUGGGAAAUGCUAGGAAAGAAUGCUUCUGGAACAUGGCCAUGCAGCCCGGAAAACACAGCAACUCAAUGAUUCCGUCCAUGAAAGCCUUCGACAAAAGGUGGAGACAACUUGCAUUUCUUGUGCAGUGUAGGUGGGCGGCACCCACCCAAACUCACGCCUCCAGAGGCAAAGCUGAGGAAAUCUCUGAGCCCCCUUUCCUGCUGUUUAUAUCUUGAGAACCCACCCUCGCGCGCCUUUUGUUUCCUCGGAGUUUAUUUCCUGAUAGUCUUGUUUAGCGGGAACUCGUUCCUCUGGCCGGACAGUUGUUUUCCCUGCAAAAAACUCAACAAGAUCCAGUCAAGUUCCAAUUUCCUGAUGGACUCCCACCCUUCCUGCAUUUUUGGAGCCUGAGGGUGCUAAGGCCCAAAUCCCUAUUUUAAAAGCAAAGAGCAAAAGAAGGGCAGAAGGAAGUAGAGCUCAAGAGCUUGAAAUAUUAGAAGUGGCUUAUUUUUUUAAAUUCAGAGAUGUACCCCAGAAGAGGACAUGGACCUCAGUUUCCUCAGGAUUACAUGCCAAACAGAAAUUUCCAGGAAGGCGGUUGGGAUAGGCCACAGCAGAAAUGGUACCCAGAUGGUCCGAGGAGGGACCAGUUUUAUAACAGCAGAGCACAUGGUGACAACUUUGGCCAAUACAGAAGUUCCUACCAAGGCCGUGGUUGGAGACGUCCCCGAGGUGAUUUUCCUGAAAAACACCACUAUCAUGGCCAUUCUUACAGAGGAGCGAAAACCAGCUUCACAAAAGGUAGAUACCAGCAUACUUCACGUUCCCCCUACGUAAAGACGGUCCCUUUAAAAAACAAACAGGCAGCUGAAGUGUCUUCCAGCCAGGCUUUCCCUCUGCCAUCAGCCAAAACACCUACAGAAAAACAAACGUCAUCUACUCAAAAAAAUCCUCAUAAGAUGAGAAAAGAACCUAUAUUGAAGCAGCGUACUGUUCAGAGAGAAGAGACAUGUACUCAGCAUGCUGUCUCUAAGGAAGGUGCCAAGAGCCAGGUUCCAGAUGACCCUCCAGUGGAGCCUCCACAAUCGCUACAGAUGAAAGAGAAAAACAGUGAGGCUGCCAACCAGACCCAGUCUACUCCAUCUCCUGAAGUACCUGUAGAAGAGCAAGCAACACCUGAGGCAACAGAACGUCAACCUACAGCAAAACAAAAUUCUGUUUUGAAACAGCUUACUGUUCAGACAAAUGAGAUAUAUAUUCAGCAUGUCAAUCCUAAGGAAGGUGCCAAAAGCCAGGUCCUCGAUGGUCACCCAGUGGAGCCUCCAGAAUCUCUACAGAUGAAAGAGAGAGACAGUGAGGCUGCAGAAUCUUCUGCCAACCAGACCCAGUCUAUUAUAUCUUCUGAAGCAUCUGUAGAAGAGCAAACAACUCCCGAGACUACAGAAUGGCAACCUAUAGUAAAAGAAAAUUCUAUAUUGAAGCAGCCUACUGUUCAGAGGGAUGAGACUUGUAUUCAGCAUACUGCUCCUAAGGAAGGUGGCAAGAACCAGGUCCCAGAUGACUACCCAGUGAAGACUCCAAGCACAGGUAGCCACGACGAAGCAAGUCCUGGACAAAAGGAUGUUGGCCUUACUGCUGGUGUCUGUGGCUUCCCACUGACCCUCGGUAGUAUUCAUUAUGUGCCUGUCCUGGUACAAAAAGCAGAAAUGAAACUGUUGUCUUCACACUCCCUGCCUCAGACACAUGUCAUUUGUGACAAAAAAUGUGAUAUUGAAAGACUACUAGUCUGUCAUUCAUGUUCAUCAAAAAGUCACCACUGUAGUGCGUCAGAGUAUUCUAGCCAAAACUGUGUGCCAAGGGAGUUGUGCAUUUUGAGUUCAAGAUCUUCUCACAGGCAAGAACAAGAAUUGAGAUCUCACAAACAAGAACAGAAAUUGAGAUCCUCUCACAAGAAAAAACAGAAGUUGAGAUCAUUUCUCAGGCAAGAACAGAGUUUGAGAUCUUCUCCUAAGUGCAAACCCUCUCUCCACAGACAAGAGCAACAUUCAGGGUCCCAUCAGAGGAGAAAUGAUUUCGUUGGAAGCUGUUGCCAUUGUUACUGUGAUCAUAAAUAUGACUGCAGUCUAUCCCAAGAGAAUUCCAAGGAAAGUGAUUUGUCUCCUCGUUACUUGCUCCAUAAAAUAAAUGACUACCAUUCCCUCGAAGAAAGAAGUGAAACCGUUAAAGUGCCACAUCUCAACUCUCCAGCAAGUUGCACUGUGAAGACAAAGAAAAAAAAAGUGAGGCAGCCUGUGGAAAUGGCAAAGAAAAAGAGAACAUCUUCAGAGAAAGGAACAAAGUUUAUCAAGGUCCAGACAGCAGCCAGAAAUUAUGAGGAAAUGGGUUCUCUUCAACAUCCCAACACUGAAGAAAAAGCCAGUUCUUCAGCCAUAUCAUGGACACUGGAGGACCGUUCUGCAGCUGUGCUGGCAAAAAAGGAAGAGAUUGAGGAGGCUUAUCUGCGGGUGCUUCUCAACUUCGCAGUGGUGGCCAUCAUGUUGGUGGAAAAAGAACCCAGUAUGCAGACAACUAUCGAAUCGGCACUGAGGGCCAACUUGAGAAGGACUGGGGACUACUAUGAACACAUGCUGAGGAACUACAUUGACAGCUUAGCUGAAGCUAGCUCAGAGGAGACUCAAUAGAAAAAUCUACCCAGUGUAACGAAAGCCCAUUCCAAGACAGAAAUCCUGAGGAAUUGAAAGCUGUAUGUUUUUUUGGAUUUAGGCGUGGCUGGAAGAAGCCUCCCAUUGGCAGUAGAUAUAAUAAAUCCCCAAGGGAUACGAGUUUACACUGUAACUGCUAUUGGAAAUGGAGGUAGUAGCUGAAAGACUUGUUGAUGCCUUUACCUUAGGACAAAGGGGUAGAGAAAGGGAUUGGUAUGGGAAAGAGAAAAGACCUUCUGGUAACAACAGUAUUGGGAGCAAUUGUAAAAGCCAGGAACUCAAUUUGGUGAUUAACAAAUAUGGCAGAAAACCAGUUUUGUCAUGUUAUCCUGUCAGGGUCAGGUGUUGGACAGCUUUCUCCUCUUGAUAUGUUGAUAUGUCUUAAAUUCACUUAAAUUCUUACUGUGCUACUAUAGGCGUGGACAAAAUGGAGGGCUCCUGUGCUGUACAACAUUUCUUAUGAUGCUUCAACUUUGUUUUGUUUUUAAAUCAUUUUGAAAAUAUUAAAAUGAAUACUGGCGACAA